GGCAGCGUGGCGUGGCUGCCCCAGAUAGGGACUCCCUCCCCACGACCUUUGCCCCCCGUAAUCUGCAUAGAGGAAUGACAGGCAUUUGGCUGAACAGGAACAGUUUGAGUUGGGCUGCGGCGGCAGCAACGACAGGAGGAGGAUUUACAACUAGCACGCAAGAGGAGGCAGAAGUUGCGGGGAGGAGGCUAAGCCUAGAGCGAGUGCGGGGAGAAGCUGAAAUGAGCUCUCGGAAGUUUCUGUGCGAGAGGAAACCUGAUCAGAGGACCAAGAUUGCUGCCUGAUUGCUGGAUCCCGUCCCUCCUCCGGGACACGAGAUGGGCCAGACUUCAGUCUCUACUCUCUCGGUAGCGGCUAAUGUUGAUGGGAUAGACAAGGUAUCAGUUGCCAACUCAGAUGGGACAAAUCCAGGAUCCCAAACACCUCCUUUUAAGAGGAAGGGCAAACUUUCAACAAUUGGUAAAAUCUUCAAACCAUGGAAAUGGCGAAAGAAGAAAACAAGUGAAAAAUUUAUAGAAACGUCAGCAGUGCUGGAAAGAAAGAUAUCAACAAGACAGAGCAGAGAGGAGCUAAUAAGAAGGGGUGUCCUAAAGGAAAUAAAUGAGCAAGAUGUGGACGCAACAGUGAAUUAUGAAAUCUCCAAUGGUCACACGAUAGUAAUUACAGAAGAGGUCAUACAGGAAGAAAAUGUAAAAACCAAAGAAGACAAUAGUUCAUUAUCAGCAAAAGCACCUGCUUCUGAAGAGAAAAAGGAGGAUAAAAAAGAGAAACCUCUUCCUAAAGAUCUUGAAACAUCAGCAGUAUCUGUUUCUCCUCCUCUUCCUCCUCCUCCACCACCACCACCUCCUCCUAAACCUAAGCCUAAAGCUAAAAAAACAACCAUUCCUCCAAAAAGUGCUACUGCUGCCACAACUAGCCAUAAAACUAAUGAAGUGCCACAUGCUAAAAAAAAGGGCAAGUCUCCUUCCAAGCAGACCUCUGCCCCACCUGCCAAGCCGACAAGCCGCAGUGUGAAUCGAGAAGCUGCUAAUUCCUCUAAUUUAAAGAAAGGACAUGCUUCCAAAUCAUCAUCUCUUGCUUCCACAUCAUCUCGCUCUAAACUUUCUAAAGAGCCAGCGUCAAGCAAAACCGGCACAGGGACUCCCAGGGAUAAGAAGCAGCAUGGGAAACAGGUGACGACACGAACACCCUCUGAUGGGGACCUUACGUCUGCCUCCAGCACAGCCGUGGAGAACUCGGAGACCAAAGCAGAACUCUUUAAGCCAGACGAGUCUCUCCGUAUCGUUCCUGAAGCUGGAGAUGCAACCCAGAGCAGCACCGUGCCUGUUCCUCCCCCUUCUCCUGCUGUUCCGCCUCCUCUUCCUCCGUCCGUUCCGUCUCUGUCUCCAGGCUGUGAGCCCGCUGGCUUCUCAGGCACCCACCGUGUGCCAGUUAGCGCUGAAGUAGGCCCGUCUGUUCCUGGCACACAAUUUAAUGAUCUUCAUAUACAAACUGAAGCAGACAGUGAAAGCUCUUCAAGCAGGGCUGUCUUAGACAAUAGCCGGGAGAUUGGUGGAGAAGCCACAGAAUGUUCUGUUACCAAAAAAGAUCAGGAAAAGGAAAAUCCUGAGCAAACUAGUCCUCUUCUGACAGACGAACCUUCUGAAACUUCUGAAAACGCUCCAGAAGACAGCAAAAAUAAUCACACCAGUGACUCAGAUUCAGAUGGGCCUAUACUUUACACGGAUGAUGACGAAGAUGAGGAUGAGGAUGCAAGCAGUGAAAGCUCUUUAGCAAGUAAAAUUCAUCGUAGGGAUACUCUUGCAAUCAAACUUGGCAACAGGCCAUCCAAAAAAGAACUGGAAGACAAAAACAUCUUACAGAGAACAUCUGAAGAGGAGAGACAGGAAAUCAGACAUCAGAUCGGCACAAAACUAGUGAGAAGGCUUAGCCAAAGGCCCACCUCUGAAGAACUGGAACAAAGAAACAUCCUGAAACAAAAGAAUGAAGAACAAGAACAAGAAGCUAAAAGAGAACUGAAGCGCAGUCUCAGCCGAAAGCUUAGUUUGAGACCAACAGUGGCUGAACUUCAGGCAAGAAGAAUCCUACGUUUUAAUGAAUAUGUGGAAGUAACAGAUUCACCAGAUUAUGAUCGACGUGCUGAUAAACCCUGGGCAAGAUUAACACCUGCAGACAAGGCAGCAAUACGGAAAGAAUUAAAUGAAUUUAAAAGCACAGAGAUGGAAGUACAUGAAGAAAGUAGACAGUUUACAAGGUUUCAUCGUCCUUAAGUAUAGAAAAUACUCUGUUGUUGAGACACAACUAUCUUUCCUGAGGAAAGCACUGAAUCUUGAAGCCCAGAGUACAUCACAACUGAAAUAUCUGCAGCAACUUAACCUGAAGUUACUGAAUGCUGUGGUCCUCAUGUUUAACAAAAAGAGACAGCUAAGAGAUACAGAAAGGAAUAUAAAAAUGGCCAUGUAAUAUGAGUGUUUACUGUAUUAUUUUGAAUUAAAAAAUCUUACUCUGUUUUUUUCCUUACUAAUAGUUGGCUGGGGAGAACUGAAAAUGACUGUUGACAGGAAGGAACCAGAAUCCACUUUCAAGUAGGAUGGGAACAGACCUAGCUGAACUGUUAUUUGUGGGCCAAUUGAAAUACUUAGAAUAAAAUUUAUAUUCUUCAUGGAAGUAAGUUUAUACUAUAUUAAGAGACUGGAUUACUACAUCACCAUGAAAAAAUAGGAAUCUAAGCAAUUAUUUCUGCUUUUCCAGAAUCUGCUUUUUGUAAGCCAGGUGGAGAAUUGCCAACUCUACUUCUCACAACAGUACAGGAAUUUGGUGUAAUAUCAGUGAAUUUGGCAGUAAUUAGUCUUAGUACAAUUCACAAUCAUGCUUACGAUUGUAUGAUUAUGACAGUUGUGCUUUUAAAAUGUCCUUUGGAGUUUGCAGUUUUGAGUACAACUAGAUUAUGUGAGUUGUAUAAAAUUGAAAUCUUUAUUAUUUAGGACUGCAACACAAAUUAUUUUUUUUAAUCUGAUAAAUUUAAAAGAAGCACCAAGGAUUCUCCAUAAUCAUGAAUCAAUUUGAAAAGUAUGUUUAGGAAAGAAAAAAUGUGAGACAAUAAGAAUGCUAUGAAAAGAACUGAUAACCUUUAAUCUUGCUUAAGCAGACAGUACUGAUAAUCAGAUUCUGAAGCCAAAUUCAAAAAUAAACAAAGAAGCUUAUCAAAUAGACUUGAACACUUUUUCCCCUUCUUGAUAGUCAGAGCUACAUUUAAUUGGUCCGUAGAUCAGUAUGAACAAUGUAAGAUCAACAGGCUGAUUCAUACUGAAUUGGCCAGGAUUUACUUCUAUCAGAAUAGGAAGGGUCAUGACAGGAGUUUUUCCAGGGGGAAAAAACUGGCAAAUCACAUAGAAUUGGCAUUACAUUGCCAACGUGUUUGGGCCUAUAGUAAAACUUCAUUGUAACAGACUAACAGGAGAGAAGGGGGUGUCCUUUACACUGAAAUGUCGGUUCAAAGGCAAAUGGGAGUUUAUGCAUGGGUAAAAUAUCAAUAUGGAUACAAAUGGAUUUUUCCUGAAAACGAAGUCCUCUAAACCAAGUUCAGUUUGUUGAGGUUUUACUGCAUCUAAAAAGAAAACUGUUACAGACACAAGCCUUCCCUGCAUGAGCACACCAUCUGCACAUGGAUAGAUUCCUAACAUAAUGGUGCUUCGUUUCUCUUCCUUUGCCUCCUUGACAUCACACCAGUCAGCCUGGGGAAUGGGAGUCCUGCCCACAUUUAUUUUUGUUCAAUCUAUCCUUCCACUGUGGAGAGAAGAGGGAUAACAGGGAUGUUCAAAAGGAAUGGUUUUUCCAUUCCCCAACGUGCCUUUUGUACUGAACAUCUCCGUGCUAAGGAAGCAAAGGGACAAAACAGCGUGCCAUUAUAUGAUAGAAAGAUCUCUUACCACAGAGUCAGGGAACCUUUGCCCCCCUCACCCCCAACUGUUGUUAACCUAGAAUUUGAAAUAUUCCUUGAUGAUGGUGGCUAGGAGUAUUUGGUGGUGUAGUUUAGCAGCAUUUGGAAUGAUUCAGGUUUUGUCCUUUGCCUUAGCAAGUGGAUGACACUCUUUUAUGGGAAAGCAUCUUGCUGCUGUAGAUGUACCUAUUAAAUCCUCAUUAAGGACCAUGAGAAAACUACAAAAAGGGGCUUGAAACUUACAGCCUCUGUUGUGUGUGAAUAUGUGGAGCAAAGGGUCUACUUUUAUAUUAUCUUGUAUCUGUAUUUGUGACUAUCUAAUUAGUUCAACAGUAAAAGGUGGUGUAAAAGGCAGUAUGUGCUUUAUUAUGUUGGCCCGAAAUAUGGUGGCUUAUUAUAAGCCUAUGACAUUGUUUACACUAAAAAUUGUCUUAUAUUAGCACUUAUUUAUCCUUUUAAUGUACGCGGUGAAGUUUCAGGACCUGAAAUACACAUGGGCAUGUACUGCAGUAUUACAAUAUAUAUGUGCUAUUUAUCCUUUUUAAAGUAUGUACAUACUACCAUUUAUUUUUGUCCAUAUGUUCUCCUUAGUUCUUAAUUAUAAAAGAUAUGUAUUUUUUUCAGCAAUAAAUGAUCUCUGUCAUGAUUUUUUUAA